AUGGAUGGAUCAUUUUUUACACAAAUUGGAUUUAUUCCAAAAUAUGAUACAUAUCAUUAUAUUGAAUCAUCAAUACAAAUUAUUCAGUAUGCAACAAUGUUAGCUAGUCCAAAUUUUUAUGCAGGGGUAUAUAUUUUUCCAUGGACCACUGCUGUACAAAUAGAAAAAGAAUAUAGGAAUCGUACUUUUACAGAAAUUAUAGCAAAUAUGAGUGCUCUUUAUGGAUUAAUGCUUGGUCUUUAUUUAUUUCUAUUUCGAAAAGAAUUGCAUAGUAGCGAACCAUAUGGUCUUAUUUAUAGAUAUUAUAAUAAAUCUGACGAAAAAAAAGAUUUUGAAGUAGAUGAAAAAUAA